AUGAACUAAAAUGGAUUUGUGAGCUUUAUGCUAGAAAAAGAUGAUUCUUAUUAAUUUUAACCUACUGAAAAUAAAUUAAAAAUUAAUAAUGACGAUGAAUUUUAUAGAUAGUUAAGUUAAGAGUUCUAUGGUCAAUAAUAAUAAAAUUAAUACUAUUUUAAAAAUAACAAAAAACAAAUCAAAACAAUCGAUUCCCUCAAAUUUAAAUCAAAACCCCAUUUCUAAAUGAGUGAGUCCUAAAAGUCCUAACACUCCUUUACUAAUUAGCAACAAUCACAAUAACUAAUACAAUAAAAGAUCUAUAAACUAUUUACUAAAUAAACUCCAUAAACCCAGACUUAGCAUAAAUAAAAUGAUAGAUCCUCUUAGAAAACUAGAAAUCUCAAUGACAUCACACCUUAAUUUACUUUUAAACUAGAAUUUUCAAACACUUAGAAUAACCAACAUCGACAAUCUCCAUAAAACAGCUAUAGAUUUAAGCUCAAUAAUGAUGACUAUUAAGGAUUUUAAUAACAACAUUCCCAUAGAAAUACUUUAAACACCAGCGAGAAAAGUGUUAAACAAUAAGACAAAAUCUCUGACAUCUAUUAUCCUUUAAAAAUUAAUUCUUAUAAAGAAUAAGAAGUUGGAAAUCUAUUUCAGUUAUCAUUUAGAACUAAAUAAUGA